AUGUCUGACGAAGAUGAACAAUUGGCGCUCAAGCCGCCGGCAUUCAAUCGAUUGGGAAGUAUUGGAGAAGCCGUUGUAGUUGAGGACGAUCAGUCUAUAAGAUCUGGCAGAUCUAGAGGCAGCCGAGGCAGUAGGGCCAGUGGUAGUGGUAGAAACAAGAGCAAACGAGACGGUCUUUCCAGUUCCAGACACAGCAAGCACAGUUCGAGACACGGUCUUUCCAGUUCCCGUCAUAGCAAAAAGAGUAGUCGGGAUGAGCUUACUAGUCCCAGACAUUCCUCAAGAUCGCCUCGACGACCACCCAGGAAUAAUGCUGCUGGAUUGUCGGUGAGCAUGCACAAUUCGGUCUCGCAAGAUUCUCUAUCGUCCUUUGGAAGUGGACGAGCCAAAUCGGUCCGGAUUGCUUCCAAUAGCAGUGAUUCCAAUUUACUCAUGGCAAGACACAGUGGUAGUGGGCGUGCAGCUAGUUCGCGCAAUUUGAACAAUCAAUCCUUUUCUUCCAUUGGAUCUGGAUCACGCAAAAGUACUCGAUCCUCUGGGGGUGCCAACAAUCGAUCUCCAGCAAGACAACGACCCGCUGGUGGCGGAGGUCGUGGACUAGGGAGCCGCUCCGCAUCGGUGGCCAUUGGCAUGGGCGCUGGUGGCCGUGGCCGGGGAUUGGGGGCCCGUGCUCAAUCGGUACGAUUGGACCGCAAUGCCUUUGCUGCACCCGCAACCCCGUCUCGCAACCCGCUGAUGAGCGCUUCCCCACAUUCCGCUGGCCGUCCCGGACUGAUAGGGUCCACUUCCUUUGGCACGCCUUCGAGCAAACGUGCGAAAUCCUCCCGAAGAUUGGCCUUUAGCGAUGAUGAAGAUGAUAAACUUCACCGUCGAUCCACACGGCGCAUCGCCUUUGACAGCAGUGACGACGAUGAUGAUGCACUGGCCAUGCGACGCAGUCGAUCCUCGAGGCGCAUUCUGAGUAGCGACGAUGAGGAUGAAAACUUUGGGCGCAGUAGUGGUAAAUCUUCCAGAAAAUUAAAAACCAGCUUUGCCGAGGGUACAGAGGGGACCCCUCGCAAAAAGACCAAACGCCGAAUGAAUCGAGAAAAAGGUACUCGCAGGAGAAAGUCUACUCGGAACUUGAUGGGCAAACCCUCGCGGAACGAUAUGUCCGGGCGCAUUGCCACCGCCCCCGAGAAUAUCCGAGUCAGCAAUGCGGGCAAUUUUGGACUUCGAUUGGGAAAAACCUUGUUGUUUGCACCGCCGGGGAGCGAGAAUCAAUUCCGAGAUGCGAUCGCGGCAAAAGCAGCCAUCCGAAAAAAGAAGCGAAAACGAAAAUGCCCGAAACUACCUUGGCAAAAGGAGGAGGAAGAGGUGGAUCAGUCAACCACCAAUACCACCCAAUUGACGGGUGCCAGUACCGUUGCGGGAAGAAAAGCAAUUGGUCUACAGGUUUUGCGAGUUGCUGGAGAUGCCGAAGCCAUUAGGAGUUUGCAAGAAAGUACUCGAACGGGAGGAUAUGUCGAUCUGUCCCAGAUUUCCAAAACACCAAAGAUGUUUGCACCGAGGCAUUUGUUGGAGAUUGAAAGGGGGGCUUCCGUUCUCAUCUCGAAUCAAUCGCUCAUCAAACAUCAUAACUUUCAGGACCUGGGAGAGUAUGGAGCCGUGGUUGUCACAAUGAAAGCCAAAGAUCCACUCGCCAGUGCCGAUACUACCCAGAAGGAAGAGAAACCAUUGAAGAAGCUCAUCAAGUCCCAGGACAUUCGAGACUUUGACUUUGAAUCCGAGGUUGGUCGUAUUGAACGCGUGUGGCUUACCCGUCUGCGCCGAAAUAUUAUGGCAAAUUUGGAUAUUGUCAAUGGGUUGCGAUUGAGCCGACAACUGCAGAACUAUAUGCCGCUACAGUCGGCGUCCGAUGCCUACCUUAUUGCACAGAUCAUUGCAGCUCUUGAAGGAAAAGGGGGCGAAGAAGCCAGCUUUAUUUUGGAUGUCGCAUUCAAGAGUCGAAAUAUCUCAAGAAUCAUUUCCCAAACAGCUUCUGCCAUCUUUGAUUUCAAAGAGCACGACUAUCAACUGCUCCGAUGGAUUCGACUUGGUGACAUGUCGUCGCGUUAUAUUUUGCCUGGGAUCUCACAGUUGCCAUUCACUGAGAAUUUGACACCCUUGCGAACAUACGUUCCAUGGAUCGUUACAUCAUUGCUCAGUGGAAAACAGGAAGUAAUUGGAAGCAACGAGAAAUACGCCAUUGCCCAAGACAUGACUGCUGAGAUUCACGGACACGAAAUCAUCAAUCGAAAUCGUUAUGGAACUUUCAUCGGUCGUCAAAAGACAAUCGAAUUUCGAUCGGAGAACCGAUUCCCUGCCGACGAUGCCGUUCUUCGAGCAUUUAGUACCCAACCAAUACAAACGAUGGUGGACUAUGGCGUGGUGUUCACAUUGCGCUUGCUGGCACAGCACUGGCGAAAUAUGGUCUCGGCAGAUUCCAAUCACUUCGCGAAUGAUCGCCUCGAUCAGUUGGACCCAUUUGAAGCCAUUCGAGUCUACAUUCCUUCCGUCUGCAUUGCAAUAUCCUCGUUCCGUGGACGCAGCGGUUGGGAUUCUGCUGUUUUGGCGGAAUUUGUGAAGAAGUGUCAAUAUCUGAAACCCGCCUUCACAGCUGAUAAAUGCCGAUCAUUAAUGAAUGAAAUGAAGCAUAAAAUAAUCCCUAGCCUCUGCGCGGGAAUCGAAUCAAUUUCGGAUCCACUCAACCGCUGGCUUGACUCCAUUUCCGCAGCUUGCACUCUUCUCGAGAACGAAGCAAGAACAAUUUACCAAAAGAUCACGACGGUAGAAAUUGGACUGCGCCUUGGUUACGAUCUUGUGACGCAAGUCAACUUUGAAAUCCCUUCAGACGAGGAUUUAUUGAUGGCUCUACUAUUACAUUUGAGAGGCAAGAACCCAGGAAAAGAGGUUAGAGAACGGUCUCUUCGCGACGCCAUCUCUUUAAUGACACCUCGAGAUCAAAGAACCUUACUGGAACUUGUCAAGAAGAACCAGAUUGAAUCAAAGCCUGCAAAGUUUUUGCUUGAUCGUGCGAGGGCCUUGGCCAAGCGCAUACUACGACGGGAGUAUUUCAGUGAGGCUAUUCGACACUUGUCUAUGGGAGAGGAAACAGAAGACAUCUUCCAUGAUGAAUGGUACUGGGUUUUCGAGGGCGAAAAGAGGGGUGUGUAUAUCUUUGACGAAGAUUCAUCAACCAGGGAUUCUGAUUGUUUCAUCCAUGCGGACUCUGGGGUCAGGCGCUUUUUCGAUCUGGAUGAUGAGACUGUCAAGUUUUGCACCUACAUUCCAAUCGCCGAAGCCAUCUCCAGGGCGCAGCGCUGCUACAUGAAUAUCGAGUUGGACCACGGGAAGAGAUUUAGAUUCAAUGCUUUCAUGGAGUUUUCAUUCUUGCGUGUUGCUCUACGUCAGCUGGCUGUGGUUUCCCUCAUCUUUUGCGAAGAACUAGAUGAUGCACGGAUGACUGUUCUUCGAGAAGUGCAACUCGAGAAUCAAGAAGCAAUCGAGGUCCGCGACAUGAAGCUGGGGAAUACGUAUUAUGUCUACAAUGAAUUGACCAGAACCUUUGAUUCGUUUGCGUAUGAGACCCAGAUUCGCCCUGGCGAUCCACAAUGGUCAAGGUUGACAGAAAGAAAGAUUCUGAAGAUAGCUCCCCAGAACAUGGUACUUGUUGGUGCUGGGCCUUCUGGAUUCCUGACUGCGAUUCACUGUACGGAAAGCGUACUUGCCAGUGGAGGUAUGAUAAAGCUCUAUAUGGAAAGUAAGGCAGGCAGGGAUGCAGAAUAUUUCGAAUCUGCUGAAGUAGUGCGGCUGGAUCAACGUUGGACUGCCAUGCUGAGGUACUAUCUUGGCACUGUCUUUGAAGAUGCCUUUGUUCCUACAAGCGAGACCAAUCCAAUGCUGGGAAAUAAUGAGCCAUCGGAGGGUUUCUUGGAAGUCGCAACGAAAGAUCUCGAAAAUAUGCUCCAUAUUCAGGUUUCAAAGUUGUGGUCGAAGGGACUAAUCCAGGUUUUCACUGAUGCUGAUGCGCGAUAUGAUCCAGAGACGAAUGCUAUCAUGAAGGAUGGCCAGUAUUUAAAAGUGGGUGAUUUGCUGGUGCGAAAACUGAACGGAGACGGGAAAAAGAGUGACCUCUCUCAUUCUUGGAAAGUCACUGAUGUGACCAAGGUAACAACACUUGGCAUCGAAGACUUGAAGCCGAAUACGGAAUAUGCAAUAUACGUAGCGCUCCGAGAUGAAGUCUUACCGUUCAAGCUUACAAAAGUGGAACUUCAGUCAAGGACAUACACAUUUGAAUCUUUGUCCGAUCGCUCAAAGGACAUCGUUGUCCAAGCCCAUACUCUUCCAGCGAUAUAUCCGAAGGGAACACAGAGACACAUGGAUGUCGAAACGUUCAAAAUUGAAUGUCUUGAACCAAGUUCCGAAGGUGAAUACAAGAGUCAAGUUGUCCCAAUGAAGAAGGUUCGGAACUACAAGUUCACUCUUGACCUUCAUAACACGCAUGUUUUCCAAUGCGUCGGGAAAAAGGAGGAUUCGACUACUCAUCUAAGCACAACAACAUCUGAACCUUAUGGAUUGUGUUGCCUCCAGGGAGCAAAGGUUUCAUUUGUGAUGCAUAACUUCGGAGUCACCGUCCGAAACAAGGUGACUACAGUAUUUGGGGACAAUACAAAAAUGGUCAGACAAGAUGCGGUUGUGUCACAGAUGGUACCGCUCGUCAGAAAGAAAUAUUGGAAGUAUCACUUUUUGCAUGUGCUCGGGGGGUCCCUGGAGGCUCUUGAAAGUCUGAUGGAAGCAAUCAUGCGCUUCGCCAAAAAGACGAAAUCAUUCCGUCGCAAGACUCUACAAAUUCGAUUUGUGGAGACCUGCGAUAACUUCUCCUUGGGAAUGGAAAUGACGCACGUUUACAGGAACUGGAGAGCCGGCAUUGGGCAAGAACUUGCCAAAUCGUUGAAGAAGCCUCCAGCGUUUGACGUGAUUGGAAUGGAGCCGAAGGAUUACAUCGCGCAGAACAUUGAUAAACUAUGGUUUCAGGCAACACUGGAAGUAUUGACGGAAGCCAAAGCCUACGCACACUCAGCUCGACGCCGUGUCCCCCAUUUCUAUUUGGCUCCAUCGCACUCGGAUGACGACGUCGGCGAGUUGGAUGUUGGCGACGCAUUUACACUGAAAGAAAAGCCUGGCGAGAGGUAUGAAGUCGUUGUUAAGGAUGACGAGUUCGUAUUCUCUAGAAAUGCAAACGGUCACAUGACAAAAAUGACACUUGAUCGGCAAGUUCGUCGGGACAGUGACCUCACGCGAGCCUUGGAUGGUGUCGCCGAGUCGAAGAUUGCUGUUUCAGUUUUCACAGUGGGGCAGUUUGUGAACCAUAGAAGUGCGAGAGUUAACAAUGAGAAAGAUGGCUACGUCUAUUCGUUCAUAGGGAAUGAGCAAGCAACUCCCCAUUUUAUGAGAGCUGACAAAUUAACUGGAACUGCCAUCAACGCCAUGUUGGUCAACAAUUUUGUGCGAAGCGCUGUUGAGAAUGUUCCUUUCGUUUAUCGCCUUGAGGGUUAUUGCGUAAACACUAAUACUUCGAACGGACAAGUUGUCACGAGUAGCAUUGGAUCGAACCAUGCGUCAGAUGGCUUCUUGCGGCUUGGUUUCUCAUUCAAAGAAGGAGUUGAUUAUCUCCAUGCAAAGGUGGUCGAAAGUAUGGAUAUUGGGCAAAAUAUGGAAGACGUGCUGUCUCCAGAUUGGAAAGCCAAAUUUGCAGCACCUUUGGUUCCUCGCGGCAUGGAGACGAAUAAGGAAUUCAUAGACCGUCUGCGGAGAACUGUGCAUAAGCUAGCGCUGGAGAAAUUCAUUGUGGAGCUGAAAAAGGACAAACUCCUUGCCACUGACACAUUGAUGGAAGUCAUUCUCAGGAGGAAAGCCCAACUCGAUAGAAAAAGCAAAGGUUAUGACUAUGAGCGUUAUUGGGACAAAUUUCUCAAUGAAAUUGAGGACCAGUUGACAGAGGCCGAAUUUGAAGAGCUUGAAGAGUACCAUUGCGAAGUUGCGAAGCAAGUCGAGCACAACGUCAAUGCAGUUGUUGAUUUUGCAAAGAAGGAGAGCCUCUAUAACGAGAGAGUGCGUUCUGAGUACUUCAACCAACCGAAGCCCGUGGACGCUAUCAUUAACGAUGGUGCAAUGGAAGCACAAUUGUUCCCGGAGGCCUUCAUCACUUGUGCCGCAAUUGCUGCUCUCAAUCUCGCUUUCGUUCUAAUGCCUGUUGAAAGACGGGGGUACAACAUCUUUAGUGCUUGCGGACUUGCAGUAUUCAAUAUUAUUCUGACUGGAGGAAUAAUCGUGAAUGCAAUGAGAUACAAGAACAAAGUUGAAGGAUUGCGCAUCCAUUUCUUUCAUGUGAAGAUCAAAGGUAUUCAGAGGUCGGUUUUUGCACUAAUGGAUGCAAAAGAACGCUCGAACCUGAAAUUGAAGAACAACCCAAUAGCCAGUCACUUAGAGGAAAUUGUGAAAAAGUUUCGUGCAGAUGUCGCCUAUUAUGGCAAACCGAAACCAGACGAGUUUAUGGAUGCAUUUGAAGACUUCAAGAAGUCAAUUAAUGACCCCGAAGCCAUCCAAGCAUUUCAGCGUUUAUUGGCUCGCCAUUUCAUCGGGGAUGUUUACCAAGACAAUGCAGCUUUGCGAGACUCUCUCGUUGAGAUGUACCUUGUCUGCGAUGAUAUGCACUACAAAUUCACAAACGGCCCUGCUAUCAAGAAAGGUUCCAGCCAAGCCAAAGCCCUUCUCAAGAGGCUUCGGCUCUUUUCACGACGCCUUGAGGAUUCACUCCAAAAGGGUGAUAUUCAUCUUGUCAUUCUGAGAUUGCGCCGUUUUGUUCACUGGCAUGCAUUCAGUGUUGUCAGAGCAAUCUAUGGUUUGUUCUGCUGUUCGUUUGCUGGGUCAAAUAUCCCGUUGUCGCCAAUCCAAACAGAGACCCACGGAAUCCUCAAGGGUGCACUCGCAUUGUCCAAGCAGUACCAAAAAGAAUUUAUGCGACGUGAAAUUGUCGACUUGAGGAAUCUGCAUUAUGCAACACGAGAGAGUGAUAUGGCAUCGAUGAUUCUUUGCACAGCAUGUGUCAUCCAUUACGCCUCGUGGUUUAUGUUUGGAGUCCGCUUCCUUGAAUUUUUCAUUCGGGUAGGCGACUUGACAGUCGAUCUAGCUUACUUCGCUUUCCUCCUCACUGCAGGCUGGGGCCUUGUGAUAUCAAUCCUUCCUGUCUUGAAGAAGUUCUACUUACUAUGGGGUGUAUGGUGGAAUCUGGGUGGCAAGAAGCGGACCAGAUCCAAAGAGAAGGGUCCUGCUCUACGCAAGUUGCGAAGACUUACUUUGUUUCAAAUCUUCCUGGUUUACUUGCGAUUUUGCGCAGGCUCGGCAUCUGGCAUUGCAUUGGUAUGGAAUGUUGCCCUCCGUGUGUUCCCCGAAGAAAUCAGCUCCGACCUGAUAGUCUUGUCAUGGAUUUCCAAGCGCGAAUAUGGACUCUUUGCUGCAGGCGGAGCAAUUGGACUGACCUUAUUUGUCAAUUUCCUGUCUCUCAUCUCCGACUUUGUGCUGCAAUUCGGUUUGAGUCCUCGCACUGCCCAAUUCAUUUGCGAGGGAUACCGUAAACAAAUCGAGAAAACUUUUAAGAGAAUGGACAUUCGGAAGAAUGAUGUGGAAUCCAAGUUGAUGCAAGAGCGACGAACCUGGGAGUAUGUCGCCGAGGAGUUUUGCCACAAGUACCGAUUCGAUUUGGUGCUUUCUGUGGACCGUUUUGGGGCCGUUUACCAAUACAUCCUCAGUGGAAUGGACCCGAGCGCUGCCAGCCCCCAGCUAGUCAUUUCAGAAACUGCCCCUUCUGCAGCGGCAAGUGGAGUGGAGAUUGCUGUAGCCAGAGCAUCAUAA